GACAUGAUUUUAAUUUUCAGUCAACUGAAUUGACUAUAUUAUAUACCUGCAGUAUAUGCGAAACAAUUUGUAGCUCUGAUGAGAUUAAAAAUCAUCCCUGCUUGAGAGGAUUUACGAGACACUUCGUAGAUCAAAAUUAUUAUUUCCAUCCGCAGUGCGAUGAUGGAUCGAUUAUUAGAAAAAGUCUUGUUGGAGGACAAGAGGUUCUCGUCGAAGAACAAGCCGAGCAGGAAGAAGCCGAGCAGGAAGAAGCCGAUCAGCUAAUGGUGGUGGAUACAAACAUCGAGGGUGACUGUUCGAACAGCAAUGAUUGUCCGAUGAACCUAUUAGAGAGGAAAACACGCAAUGAGGAAAUUCUUAUAGAGGAAGUACGGAAACGACCACCUCUUUGGAACUUUAAAUUGCACAUUUCCGAAAGGGGCGCCCGUACUAAGGAGAAGCUGUGGGAAGAGAUUGCUGUUAACAUGAAAGGAGAAAUGACUGUAGGUCAGAUAAAAAAGAAGUGGAAGUCAUUGUCUGAUAUGUUCAGGAGACAACGCAAAAUUCACAAUCAGCCUAGUGGUUCUAUGGCUAUCAAAAAAGUUAAAUGGCUUCACUACGAAAGGCUUAGUUUUCUACACGACAUGCAACUUGAAAACGUGUAUGUGUAAAUGCACUCUCAUACGUUUUAUAUAAAUGUAGUUUGUACAGUGGUUAAAAUGUUAUUAGUUUAACCUCUUUCUCUUUUAGGAGGAUAUCGAACAUUGGCGAUCUCUCCAACAGUUCGGACGUUUCGCAAAGUAGCAAAGAUGCAUAUGUCGAUGACCGCAGUAGCAGUACGUCGCGAAAUAGUAGACGUAGAACACGU